AAAUAGAUGGGUGGCACCACGUCAAUGCGCCGAGAAGUAGUAUUUCAUUAACUACUUUGUCCACCUUAAGACAACCAGCAUUUAAGCUGCCCCCGCUCCUCCUCCGUCCACUCCCCUAAUCACUCCAACAUUUAUCACUCUCACCUGUCGUCACGAAAUCACUAAAUCACGAAAACCCACUAAAUUACAGCCCCAAAUCUCGCAGUGGCAGCAUAUCCAUCAGAGCAAGAAAAAUGGACUUCUCACUCUCUGUCCACCAAUGGCGUUGAAUUCCUUACUACUACACGAAACCCACAUAUUACUACUACCGACAACCACCGCCUCCAAAACCCCCUUCAAAAAUGGUCUCCCCUGACCUCUCUCGCUCUCACCUCCAACCACCACCGCUUACCAUGGCAAAUAAACCCACCAGAGCCAAACCGACGUCGUCCCUCCCCUUCCUCGGCGGCGCCUUGGUCGCUCUCCUCAUGGUCUACGCCCUAUGGUCCUUCGUAUCCACAAACCCUGGCUUCUCAAAUCCCUUCAACGAGCAGAAGAAAGCGAACGCGGACCCCGUUAACCUGCGCCACGACCCGCCUGACCCGACCUUCUACGACGACCCGAGGCUCAGCUACUCCAUCGACCGACCGAUUCGGAACUGGGAUGACAAGCGUCGGGAGUGGAUGAAGCACCACCAGUCGUUCUCGGCCGGGGUCAGGGCAGGGGGAGGGGAGAGGAUUGUGGUGGUGACGGGGUCGCAGGCGACGCCGUGUAAGAAUCCGAUUGGAGAUCAUUUGCUGCUGAGGUUUUUCAAGAACAAGGUGGAUUAUUGCAGGAUACAUGGGUACGAUGUGUUUUACAACAACGUGUUGCUGCACCCGGAGAUGCACUCGUACUGGGCGAAGAUACCGGCGGUAAGGGCGGCGAUGGUGGCGCACCCCGAGGCCGAGUGGAUCUGGUGGGUCGAUUCGGACGCGGCGUUCACUGACAUGGAUUUCAAGCUCCCUUUAGAAAGGUACAAAAACCACAAUCUGGUAGUCCAUGGCUGGAAGAACAUGAUCUACGAGGAGAAGAGUUGGGUGGCCAUCAACGCCGGUGUUUUCUUGAUCCGGAAUUGCCAGUGGUCGUUGGAAUUCAUGGAGGUUUGGGCAAGCAUGGGCCCACAAAGCCCGAACUAUGACAAAUGGGGCAAAAUCCAAAAAGCAACGUUCCAGGACAAGGUCUUCCCAGAAUCCGACGAUCAGUCGGGCCUGGUUUACCUCCUCCUUAAAGAGAAGGAGAAAUGGGGGGACAAGAUUUACGUAGAGGGGGAGUAUUACUUUGAAGGGUAUUGGUUAGAAAUUGUGGGGACACUAGACAAUAUAACGGAGAAGUAUGUGGGGAUUGAGAAGGAGGUGCCGAGAUUAAGGCGGCGGCAUGCGGAGAAGGUGAACGAAGGGUAUGCGGAGAUGAUGGAACCGUAUCUUAAGGAGGCGGGGUAUGGGCGGUGGAGCUGGCGGCGGCCGUUUAUUACACAUUUUACCGGGUGUCAGCCUUGUAGUGGGAAGCAUAAUAAGAUGUACUCCGGCAAGAGUUGCUGGGAUGGAAUGCAGAGGGCUUUGAAUUUUGCGGAUAAUCAGGUGCUUCGUAGUUUUGGUUUCGUGCACCCAGAUUUACUGGAUUCCUCCUCAGUGUCGCCUCUGCCAUUUGAUUUCCCGGCAUGAAAGGUCGUGAUAAGAGGUGCAUUUUGUUUUCUUGCUACUAGUUUAUAAAUCUACUUUGUGCAGUUUUGCUUCAGUACAAAUCAAAUUUGGUUUAUCUAUUUGUCCUAAACUACCUUCUUUACUUUUGUUCUUUUUGUUUAGUUUAGUUUUGUUUGCUUUUGGUUUUUGCAACUGUCAAAAGUUUAGACUGUAUAAUUUGAGAGAUGUCGUACUACAAAAGUUGAUAAUGACAUUCAGGCCAUGUUUGAUUGGUCGGAUUGGUAAUUAAGGGAUGUCCUAGUUUUAAGUGCAGAUGAUGUCAAUAAAAGUUCAAACUUCAAUGCA